AUGGCGGUAGGUAAACAGGAAUACACUACUUGGUCUCCGCAAGAACACAGCACAACUUGUGACAAACAUAGUUAUCGUAUUGGAAUAUUUUGUGACGAUUGUGAUGAAUUCAUCUGUUCCAAGUGUGCCAAAACGGAUCACAAAAUCCACAACUGGGACACAUUGGCCACGGUGGCAAGUCAAAGAAGGAGAGAAUUCAUGGAGGGGAAUACAAGUUUUAUGUCGGAUUACGUCUUGAUCGACAACCAUAGAGAACUGAAACGAUUAAUGGCUGACUUGGAUGUCAAAGUAAGGAAUUGUGAAUAUUCAGCGAGAUACUUGAGAGGAGAAAUUAGUGAUGAUGUAAUAGAAUCAAUCAUUGGGCACACUUUGGAUUUAAAUGACAUUAUUGCUACUGAAACAAACUCAUUUCGGCAUGGAAAUCACACCAUAUUUAUUCUUGAGGCAGUCAGUGAGGAUUAUUGUUACAUUCGUUCCACGAUGUCAAAAAUCAAAAAAGUAAACACAGAAGGAAAGGAGAAAUAUGAAUCCGGAAUAAAUGCUAAAGAUGUGUGUGUAAAAGUUGAUGGUUGUGUUUAUUACACAGAUUAUAGGAACAAAUGCAUCUCAAGUCUGUCUACUUAUGGAUAUCUUUCUACAAUAGUCAGCACUAAACCCUUAACACCUGGAGGAAUUUGCUUUUCUUUGGAUAGAGGACUCCUGGUCACAUUGACAGAUGAAUUAUCAGAUGCAUUUAAAUUACGAUCACACGGUAGACGUUUGGUGAGACACCUGAAGAUGAAUGGUGACCUCAUACAUGAUCAUGAAUAUCAGGAGGAUGGUCGGACCAAGAUUUUUAUGUUUCCAACCAGAGUUACUCAGAAUGGGAAUAAAGACAUCUGUGUUGUUAAUCAGUCAGGUGAACGAACGGGUAAACUGGUUAUUUUGUCUUCCUCUGGUCGUGUUAGGUCUAUCGCGGACAGAACCUGA